GUCUCAUAUUUGCAUAUCAAGUUUCAAUUACUGUCGAAGCCGGAAGAACUUCACACCAUAUAAAACAACACACCAUAUUAUAGCGUUUGGUAACCAACUUACAGGAAUAUUCUUAUAUUCCUAAAGCAGGUACGUAAUUAUGUAAUAUUAUAAUAGAUUUUGACUAUUAAUCCAGUAUUGACUAUUGGUAUUAUUCGUUAAAAGUUCAUAUAUCGCAACCACAUAUUUCCCUUCGUUUUGUUUGCUAAGCCUAAAGACCGUCUAAAUUAAUGUAAUAUUAAAGCGAUUGAAUACCAGUAGGAUAGAACCAUUGACAGAACGAAAAUAUUUUGAAAGUAUAUUGAAAAUAUGAUAGUCAAAGAAGAUAACUGAUAGAAGCAACUUGCCAAUAAUUGUCAAUAAUUAAUCAAUAUUUAGUAGCCCAUAUAUCGACAAAGAUAUUUUGUAUGCAUAAAAUGCCUUCGUAUAUUUGUUUGCGAAAAAAUCAUGAUAUUAACGUUGACUUGGUUAGACGUAACGUUGAGUGUUAAGGUCAACGUGAGUCGUGAGUUACGUGACGUUAACUGCCAGCAAACAACGUCAAAAUGGCAGUACUAUAUGUCCAAGUUCAGUGGAAGGGCUCUCCUUAACUGACUUCAUUCUAAGAACAAACUGCACGAACCACAUUAUGACGAGCAGUUAAUAAAGAAAUAACUAUAAUAUACAGCUAAUUCAAAAAGCAACCUCCUUUGCAAACCUUAAACUCUAGACCUUAAACUCUAAGCGUGCAAAGCAUAAUGGGAGCAUCCUUUAAUCAGUUUAGAAAUCAUAUAUGCAUGGGGCCCAUUUCUUAGAGACAUGGUAAAUAUCUCCUUACGAGAACAAUUCAUUCACAAAUAGCUGCAAUAUUCAACUACUAUUAGCUUGAAACUUGUGCUCCCAUUAAACUUUGCGCGCUUAGAGUUUAAGGUUUACGAUUUAGGGUUUAAGGUUUGCAAAGGGCAAUCUUUUCUGAAUUGGCUGUAUACAUGCUAGUAUAUAACAGCGGUUUUCGCCAGUAGACAAAAAUGAGCAUAAAAUUUUUACUAGUACAUUAGGCAAAUUCAGGUCCGAGCCUUAGUCAUAGAUGGCCAGAAAAUUUGAAACGGGCCACCCCCAAAAGAUGAAUUUGGUAAAAUUGUGAAAUUUGGACCCCUUUUUUUAGUAGACAUGAUUUGCGUAUUCUUUUUUUACAUGUGAUAGUCCGGAAAUUUUUUUUAACCUUUUUUAACGAAUUCUCCCUCCCCCCCCCCUCCCCCACUUGCCAACUUUUUCCGGGAUAAAAAUAGGGCCCCAGUUAAAAAUUUUACGGGGGGCCCCAGGAGGCAGUGUGACCAGAUUUGGUAAAAAGUUUUACUUUUGGUAAAAUUUCGUAAAUUUUCAAGAAAAUUUGGUAGUAAUAAGUUGUUUUUUUGUGGAAAGGUUUUAAUUAUUCAUCAAUUAAUAAUCAUUUUGGUAAAAAUGUAUGUUUCUUAUGUUUGCGAUGUUACUCUGAGUGCAUAUCCACACCGGGCGAGCAGAACUGCCAAGAACAGAACUGCCAAGUGUAAGAAAUAAAGAACUGCCAAGUGUAAGAAAUAAAGCCUUAUAUAUCAUUAGCAAAAACAGCAAUACGAUGAAAGCAACAAGUAUUUCGAGAUACUUUUUGUGCAUAUUUUUUCUACUUUGAUGACGUAACUAUUGUUUUUUGGCAUUAUUAUGACGUAUUAUUUAGGAAAUAGACAUUUGGUAAAAUUUUUCUUAAUUUAGUAAAAUUUGAACAAAAGUUUGGUAAUGACUGCUGAAAAAGUCUGGUCACACUGCCAGGUUACGUUAUACGCGUAAAUACACAGAAUUCAUCCUGCUUCAUAGCAUGCCGUCUGUUGCCCAGUACGUGACUGACAGUUUGUGCAUGCGAACUAAGUUAAAGCGUAUAUUUACAUGCACUGUUGUGGUUGUGAAGUUAUUGUUAGAGAUGUGAUGCACAUUUAAUCAGAUGUUUAUUUUAAAGGCUUUGACGGAAACUAUUCGGGCCUGUCGCCUUAAAUGAAAGGUAUACACUUAUACUUGAAAAAAUUGACGACAUUCAUGACAUACUGUAUAUAGUAUAAACCGCCUGAACUUGUGGUUAAUGGCUCUUGGUAGUUGGUAACUGCAUGGAGUCUGUAAAGGAAAUCAAUUUGUUUGGUAAAUUGAUAUAGUUUUAGAAAUCCAAUAACGAAUAAACGAUAUUCACAGUUAUUGACAAAUAAUAAAAUAAAUUAUUAUAUAAACAUAAGUGUUAUAUAGAGUUUUUGGCCACUGAGAAAAAUCGUAUUUAAACACACGUAAAAAAUACGAUAUUUUUACGUGUGAAAAUAUCAUUUGUUGAAAGACUCAUUGCCACGGACGUUUUAUUUGUUUUUUUUCUCUGCAUUUUGUUUAUAUAAUAAACAGAAAAAUACAUGGGUGCUUGGAAAUACCAGAUUUAUUUCUCGGCGAACGAGUGAGAUAUCAUGUUCAACACUCGAAAUAAAUCUGGUACUUCCGCGCACCCAUGUAUUAUUCUCUAUAUCACAAACCACCUACUAGCCUGCGUACAGCCUCAACCAAAUAUAUUUUUUAAUAUGUGAUAUUUGAGGCUGCACGCAGACUAACCGCCUACCUGCCUCUUUGGCCGGUUUUGCACAACGCAAAUUUUUUCGCACAAAGUACCUUUUUCCUUUGUUAUACGUCAGCUAACGCUAUGCCGGGUUGCUGUCAAAGGAACAAGUCACUUUGUUGCGCAUGUUUGCCCUCUUUAUAUUUCUUUAAACAAAUCAUAGGCAUAUUUUCUUGGGUUUAACACACACACAGUCACUCACACACACAAACGGCCAGAAAAGUUCAAUACAUUUCGUUCCCUCUUCUAAAAAAAGAUGGCGUUUUUUAAAUGAUUUAAAAAAGGCUAUCUUUUUUUAGAAAGGGGAACGGGCAAGCGCGGAUCGAAUAUCAUCAUAUUCCCCCUUUUAAAGAUAUUUAAAAGGGGGGGGGGGUGAUAUUCCGCCAUUCCCCGAUUCCCCCAUUCCCUGUCCCCCCUUUGAAGAUAGCCUUGCUUUUAGGAUUGUUUGAUUUAGUUUGUUUUCGUUCCAUUUAAUCUGGUAUUUAAGAUCGUUAUUUCACAUUUAAUGCUCAAGGGUUAAUUUCCACCCCCCACUAAUGCCAUUACUACUACUGCGCAGACACUGGAGGAAGGAAUGCCAAAGGACCCAGGGCCGUAGCGAGGGGGUGUUGGGGGGUGACUUUAGAAUUAACAUAUUCGGAAAAUCAGGUUGGCCAUUCGGAAAAUUACGGCAAUAAUAGUAUAACAAAAUUUUAGACUUUUAGUUGUUAAUUAAACAGAGAAAAUAUAAUAUAAUUGCAUAUAUGCCAGUAUAAACUGAUUUACGAUAUCAUGGCAUUUGCAUGGAAAACUAAACAAAUCGUAAAUCGGUAAAUGUUUUUCGGUUUAUUACAGCCCUCACAAUAAUUUGCUAAUAAUAAUUGUAUUUUCAAAAUCUUGCAGACCUUUAUCAUUUAAAUAAUAUACCUUUAAAAUACUGACAAUUAAUUAAUUUUAAGCGGCUACAUUAUCCAUGACAAACUGCAAAGAAUCAUAUUACCCAUACUUUUCUGCAUCUUCUCCAAUAUAUAGUUAAUACGCCUUCGCCCAUUUAGUACUACUAAAUUGUAAGCAAAUUGUAUAAAUUUCGACAUACUAAAACGCUGUUUUCUGACCAUCAGAAUUCUGUCAAAAUUUCCUCAAAGUCCAAGAAAUGGCAUUGCAGAGACUCUAAAUUUAAACAUUUCCUCGGGCCUUCGGCCCUCGUUUUCAGCCCCCAAUCAAAGAGCUUCCUACGGCACUGCAUGCUUCUGUAAUAUGUCUGUGCGUAAAUAUGCGUAUUUUUGUUUGUAAAUUGCGUCUUCAUUUUCCAGAUAGCAAACACCUUCGUGGCUUCGUAUGCCAUGAAAUAUUCGGAAAUUUUCUUCGUUAUUCGGAAAUUCUUUUUGACCUUACACUUCCAAAUUCAUACAGUACAUGCUAGCUACGGCCCUGAAAGGACCCAGAGAAACCUCGUUUCUAAAGUCUAAUUUGAAGUAGCUUUACUAUGUGUGAGAUGUGGUAUUUCCUUCUGCAACCACACAUGUGUAAAUUGAUCAAUUUUAUUUUCUUUGUUUCUUUAGGUUAAUUCAAUAAGAUGACCAGCUCAGUUUUUGCCGUUUUAUUUGGUCUGAAUUUUGUGUUAUUCCCUUGUGAAGGUACGACUCUAAUUAACCAGAUAUAUAGAACAGCAACUUAUCCUGCGUUCAUAUAAAGCUAUCAUGCCUUUGCAUAUAAUAAUGGGAGUGUUUUGCGCAUCGCAAUUUGUGCUUAUCAUAUUUUGAGUUAACAGAUGGAAAAUGUGUUUGGUUUUUAAUUACUGUACAAAAUUUCAGACAAUUUGUUUUAGUUUAAGCCCUUUAACUAUCCAUUUUUUUCUAAAAAAUCAGCCUUUCGCGUGCUUAAUUAAUGCCUUCCCUAAUUUGCAUAUUGCUGACAUAUGCAAAUUGGACAAACCAUUAAUUAAGCAUGCAAAUUGCUGAUUUUUUAGGAAAAAUGUAAGUUUGCGUGGAUAGUUGAAGGGCUUAAACUGAAGCAAAUUGUCUGAAAUUUCGUGUAGCAAUUAAACGCCCAACACAUUUUUCAUUGAUUAACUCAAAAUACGAUUAUAGCUUUUAAAUCGCAUGCGCAAGCCAUUUUUAGUUUGUCGGAAAAGACACCCCCACCCCCCACCCCCGUUUACAAAAUUUGUGUUCGCGAAAUUUUUUCAUUAUUCUACAUUAUAAGUACCCAAAGAAGCCAUAUAUAUCAAAAGCUGGAUACUAAUAGCUGUUUUAAGAAAUUGAGAGCAAUUUCAAAUCUGUUCAGUUUUUUUUUAUACACCCUGUAUAUAUAAAUUUUCAUAUGAAUAUAGCUGAAUAUGUAUGACACUAUUUUAUUAAUGCUAUUUUCUUCCUUUUCUUCGUCCUUAGAGGGCAAAAUGUCCUUAUCUCGCCACACUCUUAUUCUCAGAAAGGGGUUACUGGUUAGCGGAAAAUUGAAUAAUGAUAUUUUACCUUAAUUAAAGCAACAAUGAAAUUAGAAAAAAAAAUGCAUUAGCAAAAUGUUAAAAACGUACAGCAAAUUGUCUGCUAUAAUGGGUUAUUCCAGAAUACAUCUACAAUUUCCCCUACAAAUAAUGUUGGAAGUUCAGACAUCCUUGAACAUUUUCUCAUUAUCAGGCAUACAUUUAUUUCUAUCCCCCUCCAUACAUCACAAGUUUUAGGGGAGUGUCAAUCAUUUCAGUCACAACCUAAUGGCCAGGAUUAUAAUGUCAAUGCCAAUAAAGGUACCUGAGAUUGUUUUGAACAUUUCGAUUAUUUAAUAGAAAUGUAUUGAUUAUUGAUUUCUUUGUGUAGGUCAAGUUUCCCCCCCGUCCAGUGGUGACACCUUUGUUGUUCUCCCUGGAGAAGAUGUGACAAUAACAUGGACACUUCAUGUCGGUGCACCUAACAUAGGUUUUUGAUGGUGGACAUUUCUUUCAAAGAGCAGUUUUGCUCAUAUUCUUAAUGAUGGAGAUGUGGUUAACACCACCCAAAACUCGCCUGGGCCAUUUACAAUAACAAAACCUUCAACACUGAUUUUAAAAAACGUUAAUAUC